CUCUCUCCUCCCCCUCUAGGUUUGUUCUCUAUUAAGGUUCAUACUCCCCUACAUUAAACCAAGGGAGUUUGCCACAAUGACUGAUGUUACAGUACUCCCUCCUCUUGGCUACAGUGCUAUUGCUGAGGCAGUUAAUUCAGCCUCUACCAUAAACCAGUUAGGAUUACUGGACUGUCUGCUAGCAGUCAUUGCUAAGGCAUUGUCUGUGCAGGUGAAGGUGAAAGGACGUGGUUCUAAUAUUCUACAGAAGUUAACUGGUGAUUCAACUAUUACUGCUGCAGUGACUUUGGCUGCUCUUAAAAACCCUAAGCCGGUAGCAGGAGAGACUCACGUGAGACCCCUCCGCUGGUAUUUGCAAGGAUCUAUUGAGCAAGAGGUGGCAAUUGAGAUUGUUAAACUUUUGAAAGACAUGACCAAGUCUGUACUGAAAGGUCAUUGGAAAGACUAUGCCAAGUCGGCCAUUGGACAAGCUGUCCUCCAUUUAACUAAAGUUAAUGAAGAAGCACGUAAUGCUGACCCAGGAAUGUACUCACAUACUGUAAGAGAGGGAGAGAGGGAGGAGGAG